CUUAUUUUAAUAUCCAACUACCUGCUUAUUUUAAUAAGCGACUUAUUUAACAUUUUUUUUACAUUGAAUAACAACUACCAUAGAAAAUCAAAUGAGUUAAAAUAAAAAUUUAUUUCCUAUUUUUUGUUAUGAUUUAAAUAAAAUAAUUUUGAAUUGUAAAAAUUAAAAAUUAAAUUUAUGCGUGCGCCAUUCCUCCUCUCCACCGAAGCGCUUCUUGAGAAGCAGUUCGCGCGAUUUCCAGCUUCUGGAGGAAGCGCUUCUCCGUGAUGCAGAACCCCCACCUCCGACGCUUCCUCCCCUGCCAUGGCGCCUCUCCCCCGCCGCCGCCACCUCCUCCCCUACACAUUCGAGCUCCCCUUCUCCCUCGCCGCCUCCUCCCUCGACUCCCUCCGCAAAGCUCGCCAACUCCACGCCCUCCUCCUCGUCUCCUCCCCGCUCUCCUCCACCUUCGUCUACAACAACCUCCUCUCGCUCUACGCCAAGUGCGGCGCCCUCGCCGACGCUCGCAAGGUGUUCGACGCAAUGCCCGUGAGGAGGAGCGCCGUGUCCUACAACGCCGUGAUCGCCGCGCACUCCCGCGACCCCCGCAGCGCCCCCCUCGCGCUCCGUCUCUUCCGGGACAUGGCCCGUGCCGGGCUCAGCCCCACCACGUCGACCCUCGCUAGCGUUGUUCGGGCGUCGGCGUCGCUCAAAGACCCAUUCUUCGGUUCGAUCAUCCAUACCCGAGUGAUAAUCUCUGGUCUUUGGGACAAUGUGUGUGUCCAAACGGCGUUGCUGGGGAUGUACGCGGAGUUUGGGAGUGUUGGAUCUGCUCGCCGAGUGUUCGACGAAAUGGGUGUGAGAGAUGUCAUUGCUUGGAACUGCAUAAUUCACUGCUAUGUUAAGAAUGGCCAUGCUAAGCAAGGAUUGGAGCUCCUUUGCGGAAUGAUGAGGACGGGACUGGCGCCGACGCAAUCCACGUUUUCAAUCGCUUUGCACGGUUGUGCGAAGGCGGAGGAUUGGAACGGAGGAAGAAUGGUACAUGCCCAGAUGAUUAAAUCUGAUAUGGAACCUGAUUUGCCAAUGCACAAUGCGUUGCUCGACAUGUACGCUAGCUGCGCAGAUAUUACAGCAGCUCUGUGUGUUUUUGAAGGGAUCGAAGAACCGGACUUGGUCUCUUGGAAUUCGCUGAUAGCUGGCUAUUCUGAUGUCGGCGAUGGAGAGAAGGCGAUGCAUGCGUUUAUCCAAUUGCGAGCCGCGUCGUUAUACGGAGGGCCCGACCCAGAUGAGUAUACAUUCUCUGCUGUUGUUUCUGCCGUCGCCAAUGUCCGGGCUAUCUACUACGGAAGACCUCUUCAUGCCCAAGUAGUCAAAGCAGGUUUCGAGUAUAGUAUAUACGUAGGGAAUACAUUAAUCAAUAUGUACUUUAUGAAUGAAGAACCGAAUUUAGCCCGGAUGUUGUUUAAUUCUAUGCAUGAGAAAGAUGUCAUAAUCUGGACUGAAAUGAUUGUGGGGCAUUCGACAUUGGGCGAGGGUGAGUUGGCUCUGACUUACUUUUACGACAUGCUUAAGGAAGGGCAUAAAGUUGAUAGUUUCUCCCUCAGCAGUGCUCUAAACUCGUCGGCAGAUCUCGCAGUUCUAAGACAAGGGGAAAUGCUUCAUUCUCAGGUGAUAAAAGCUGGAUAUGGAGCGAACAUGUCCGUCAGUGGAAGUCUAGUUGAUAUGUAUGCCAAAAACGGUUACCUCGAAAGUGCUUUCGCAGUGUUUACUUCGCUACAUCACCCUGAUCUGAAAUGCUGGAAUUCAAUAAUUGGUGGCUACGGUAACCAUGGCAACGCUGCAGAGGCCUUCAAGCUGUUUAGUAAGAUGGUAGGGCUCGGGCUGCAUCCCGAUCGUGUAACUUAUGUCUCUCUUCUAUCUGCAUGUUGUCAUUCGGGCUCGGUAGAGAGAGGAAGGUUUUAUUGGUUCUGCAUGAUGACUGAUGGCGUAGUUCCGGGGAUCAAGCACUACACUUGCAUGGCGAACUUGUUGAGUAGAGCAGGUUUAUUGCAGGAAGCAGAAGAGUUGAUUAUCAGGUCGCCUUUUGCAAAUAAGUCCCCUGAAUUGUGGAAAAUUUUGCUGAGCUCUUGUGUUCUGUUAAGAGAUGUGUCGAAAGGGGUCGAAGCAGCAGAACGGGUAUGUGGGAUAAUGUCGCUGAAAUGCGGAACAGGAUAAGAGGGAUGAUGCUUGAAAAGGAACCUGGGUUGAGUUGGAUCGAGUUAAAGAAUAUGGUUCAUGUAUUUUCUGCAGAUGAUGAAACCCACCUUCAGGCAGAGGAUUGUCGAAGCGAGUUACUUAGAUUGCAG